CAAUAUGACAUUUGUGUCCCAACCUAUUAUAGUUGUGUGUCAUUUAUGUCCUGACAAUUUCGUUGACCGUUAAAGAUAACGGUUGACCAGACGGUGGUCAACUUGAUGUUGACUUUUACUGACGUGGCAAAAACGUGGCAGCCAUGUAGAUGCCACGUCAUUGACACCUCAGAUUAUUAUAAAAUUAAAAUAAAAUAAGUAAAAUACUAUUAUAUAAAAAUAAAUAAAAACAAAAAGCCUAUGUUAUGUUGUGCGAUUUCGGAGAUUGGUUCUUAAUCGGCCGAUUCCAAAACAAAAUAAAUCCCUAAUUUGGAAGAGAAAUCACGGAGAUUGGUGGUGAAUUCCCAUGCCAAAUCCAUAUGGACCCAUCUUCCUUCCACUCCACCUUCUUCUAGCCUCUGUUGUGCCGAUUCCUGCACUCUGCUUCGUUCGUGGGUCAGUGGAGAAGAAAUGGACGGAAAUGGUUCUUCAUCAGGCGAGCGAAGCUUCUCUCCUGGCGAUUUCUAAUGCUCGGAGCUUUUCUGUUUCUGGUUCUCUGCCCUCACGCUUCCUCACACAACGACAAAGGAGGUCUGUGGCGGAUCUCUGGUGGGGUUGCGGCAGCGGACGACGAUCCAAAACCCACAAAUUGGAGAACCCGCCCACCUCUGCUCCGCUGCUAAAGACGGAAUCCCGAAUUUGGUUAGGAUGCCGACAAAUCAGACAGAGCUGGGGAUGCCCGAAGUUGGUUAGGAUGCCGACCAAUUGGACGGACGCUCGAACUCCAGAUCCUCAUCAGCGCCUCUGUCUCUCAACCCUCUCUUCGAUAGCGGCCGGAAGUUGAAUACCCAGGUCGGGAGUUUUUUCAAUUUGGUAGUGCUUGUUGAUCAAUAGCCUGCAGAGACACGAACUACCUUUCUCCUUUCUUUCAAUUGACGUCGAGUGGAAGAGUUCUUUCAAUUCGGACUGGAUUUGGACGGCGGCGGAAGUAAGGAGGAGAGAAGACGAAGAAGCAGCGGGAGGAGUUCCGGAAGGCGAAGACUACGAAGGAGAGAUAGAAGACCCCAAAAGUUAUUUAUUUUGUAUUUUUAUAUUUAAUUUUUGUAUUUUGUAAUUAUUAUUUAAAAUUUAAAAUUUUUAUUAGAUGGAAAAGUAACAAAAAAUUAAUAUUAAAAUUCCAAGUCAGAU